AUGGGCAAACGCAAGAGUAACAAGGGCGGCAGUGGUGUAGGUAAUCACGGCCGUCGACCAGAUUUCUCCACGAUCAUAGUGAAGGAGAAUGAAAAAUAUGAAAACUAUUACAACAGCCUCCAUAUUGUUAAUGAUGACGAAAAGGAUGAUUUUUGGGAGGCUCUCAGACGAAAUUUACCCAACAGCUUCCGAUUCACAGGAUCCAAAAGCCAUGCUCUCGCGGUACAAGAACGCCUGAAGGAUUUUUAUAUUCCUAAUAUUAUCUCCAUCACACAUGAGGGCAACCCUGUCGACCCUCCUCAUCCCGUACCUUGGUACCCGGACCAAUUAGCCUGGUCCAUGACAACUCCCAAAAAUGUGAUCCGCCGGUUCGCACCAUUCGCUUCGUUUCAAAAAUUCCUCGUUGCGGAAACAGCAGUUGGAAACAUCAGCCGUCAAGAGGUAGUGAGCAUGAUUCCUCCGCUGGUACUUGACGUCCGCCCGGGAAUGACGGUGUUAGACAUGUGUGCUGCGCCUGGUAGCAAGUCUGCACAAUUGAUGGAGUUGGUACACGCGGGAGAAGAAGAGAGGAUGGCAGAGAUUGCUAAGCGUCUUGAAACUGCUGCGGAUGCUGAAAGAAGAAAGGGAACCGUAAAUGUGCCUAAGUUGCUUAAUGGCGAAAUGGAAUCAGACGGUAUGGAUGACGAUGGAAGAUCGACAGGCUUGCUUAUUGCAAACGAUAACGAUUACAAGCGCGCCCAUUUACUAAUUCAUCAGAUGAAACGACUCAAUUCUCCAAAUUUAAUUAUUACAAACCAUGAUGCUACGAUGUAUCCUUCAAUUAAGCUGCCAUCGCUGCCCUCCCCAGAAGGUAAACCCAUAAGGAACAGAUACCUCAAGUUUGACCGUAUCUUAGCAGAUGUGCCUUGCUCGGGUGAUGGAACUACUCGCAAAAACGUGAAUGUAUGGAAGGAUUGGAACCCUGCCAAUGCCCUUGGUUUGCACCUAACCCAGUACAGGAUUCUAACUCGAGCUUUGCAAAUGCUAAAAGUGGGAGGAAGGGUGGUAUAUUCAACUUGCAGCAUGAACCCUGUUGAAAACGAAGCGGUGAUUGCGAGUGUCAUUGACCGGUGUGGCGGCCCAAGCAAGGUUCACAUCAUGGAUUGCAGUAACGAGUUGUCUGCCAUGAAAAGGUCGCCGGGUCUGACUACCUGGACCGUUAUGGACAAACAAGGGAGAAUAUGGGCCAACUGGAAAGACGUCGAAGAAGCGGUUUCGGAAGGUGAUGUUACCCUCAACAGAAUAGUGGAGGGCAUGUUUCCUCCUGCAGAAGAGGAAGGCAUCGAUUUAUCCCGAUGCAUGCGCGUGUAUCCCCAUCAGCAAGAUACUGGUGCAUUCUUCAUCGCUGUGCUAGAAAAGAAAAGCGACAUUAAAGCAAGACCAGAGGGUGCUAAAAAGCCUACAUCAACUUCCGCACCUGAACCUACGACGGAAAAUCUAGCCGACCGAGAUGGUACCAAUGCUUCCGUUGAGCUGGCUGGUGUAUCGGAUGAGGCAACUCCCGUAGAAUCACAUGUCGUGCCGGUACCGGUCCCUGUUACUCAGAGCUUGGCUAAACGGGCAUUUGAAGUGUCAAGUGAAGAUCUUGCAAACAAACGACAAAAGGUGGAGGAGAGUCACCUUACGGUUCCUUCAGCUCCUUCUGUUGAGGAAGUCCCUGAGCUACAAACCAAGCAAGAGGCAGCAGUCCCACCAAUUUCAGAAGAAUCACAACCGCAUGUAUAUGCUGAACAGAAACCUACUGUAUCGACAGCAACCGCUUUCUCCGCAAAACGCCGACCUGGCCAGCCAGUGGAAGAGCCAUUCAAGUAUCUAGAUCCCAAGAGCGAAGAGUUUGAUCAGAUAUUCAGCUUUUAUGACAUAUCACCACAAUUCCCGAGAGAUCGUUUCAUGGUUCGGAAUUUCCAGGGUCGCCCAGCUAAGACGAUCUAUUAUACGAGCACCCUAGCUCGUGAUAUCCUUACUGCUAACGAAGGGGCUGGAAUAAAGUUUGUACAUGCCGGCGUCAAAAUGUUUGUUAAGCAAGAUGUGCAACGACAAGAUGUCUGCCCAUGGCGUAUCCAAACUGAUGGACUUGCGAUUCUUGAAUCCUGGGUUGGACCGCGCCGUGUGGUUAAAAUAUAUCAGAAGGAGACAUUGCGAAAGCUCCUUAUUGAAAUGUUUCCCAAAGUAAACGAUAAUGGGUGGAAGCAAUUAGGAGAAAUCGGUGAAUGGGCGAGGGAUAUUGACAUGGGAUGCUGUGUUCUAAGAAUCGAGCCCACAGACAAUGAAGAUGGCUUCCGGGAACGUAUGGUUCUCCCGCUAUGGAGAAGUAUGUACUCGCUGAACUUGAUGCUGCCUAAAGAGGAACGGCGCGCGAUGUUACUGCGAUUAUACGAUGAUGAGACACCUUUGGUGAAUACGACAAACAAACGCAAAGAGGCGGCUGCUGCAAACCCCGAUCAAACAUCCGAUGCGUCGGAUGCAGUUGCAAAUGGCCAAUAUGAGAACUCCGCUGAUGUGCCAACCCAAGAGGAUGAUACAGAAGCUCCUUUACCAGUAGAGGAAAACAAAAGUUGA